AUGGCUACCGCUCUUGUCGCUUUCUUAUUUGAUUGUCCGGUUCCGGCACGAUCCGUGGAGCUGCUGGGUUCUUGGGACAACUUUCAAAGGCCAUACUCUUUGACGCAAGAUAAAAAAAGGGGACCAGGACUCUGGGCCGGUUGCUUCACGUUUCGAGACAUCCUCUGCGACGGAGACCCUGGCAACCUCGGCCCAAGAAGAGACGGUGCUCUGAAGGUUGGAGGUACAUAUUGGUACUACUACAGAAUCAACGACUUCGAGGAACUUCACAACCCUUGCCAGCCGUCUACAACUCUCUGUCCUUUGCUCCCUGGUCAACGUCUGAACAUCCUCGAGGUGCCGAUGGAGUCCGGAAGUCAAAGCCGUUCCCAGUCCUCUGAUGUGUUCACUCGCAAUCCUGCCGACAGAUAUUUAACUCCAGUGCCCCCAAAGCCUUUUGUAUAUCCCCGGCUCGGGGAUCUCUGCAUACUGCCAUAUACGGCUCCCACGCUCACAGAUGACACUCCGCGGUCCGCAACGUAUCCAGGCUCGGCGCCUUCAAUCACAUAUUCACUGAAUCAACGAUCGAAGAGUGCUUCGACUUCUCCUCUUCUGGGCAAUGCCUCAAGUUUCAUCGACUUGAGGACCUUGAAACAGAAAGUCAUCAAUCAUAAGGGGUCAAUACCACAUGCACAGCCGCGACAUGCAAAAGAGCUUCAAAUUGGAGCACCUGUUCUCAUAAGUACAACUGCAGAAGACAUGGCCUUGGUGCCUUUACCCACCCGAAACGCUUCGGCUGCUUUGUCAUCACCGGAACAGGUUGCAAAUCGACUCAAGGAAUUCUCUCCUUUGGGUUCACAUCCCGUCGACCCUGUGAAGGACACUCCCCCCGACCGGCACGGUGCAAGUGAGGAGGGUUCAUCCACCAGACGUCGUUCUCAGAGCCAUCCCAUCAAUGUUUCAGUUGUUGACGUCAAGCUGCGUCGAGAACGAGCAAACUCGGCUGACACUAGACGAACAAGGCAUUAUCAUAUCUUCUCCAACCAACCCUGGAUCAGUUCUCCCAAGGUGCCGGCCCAAGGGUUUGCCCCUGUGGAGCUCGACGGCGUGCCUGCCCCAGUGCUCCGACGACCAGCUUUAACCAUCACCCCUCCUUCGAGCACUGCAGUCGAGCGCCCUCCGUCACGACGUGACCUAGAUGGAACCAGAAACUUGAAGGCCACAACGCCACUAGAUAAGGAACUCCCCGCUCUACCAAGAUAUCUAGUCCCAGCUCCUUUGUUCGCCUGUAACUCAGCCGGUCCUAGUCCUGUGCUGCGAGGCGAGAGUGAAGACGCAGACUCUCAACAGUCUGUUUCACAUCUACCGACUGUGCAUUCAAGGGAAACCGAUCUAUCUCAGGAGGGUAUGGAUUCUGAUGCAAGAAGUGAUACAAGUUCAGAUAGGAGCGCGGAAGCUUCUCCCGCGUCGAGCUCGUUUACGAUCAACUCGACCCCUUCAGACUCACCGCAACAUCAACCACACACCUUUACGACCGACAAACAGCUGGAAUAUGCCAGUAAUUCUCCUACUCUCGAAAUGUCCCAUCAAGACAGCGAAAGAGAACCUACCUCACCGGACCCCGUUGACGCCAGUGAAAUCCCUUUCCUCAACAUCCCCGAGCUGGCUGUCACAGAUAUGGCGGACGACCAACCAAACGACGACUCAGACCCCAAACGACGUCGACGCUAUGGAUACUCCGGUAUUCACAUCCCUCUCAUUGUCCCUGAGUUGGGCAAGGAUUCGGAAAGCAAGAUAACUAGCACCUUCUCACUACCAGCGGUGGCGCCGCUCUCUGAGAGAGGCUCCUCGAUUGGUCUGCUUGAGGAAAUGGUUAGCGAAUUUGGCUUUCUUGGGGAGGCUGUACACUAG